AUGACGUCUCAGAAGAAUCGGAUGCUGAUUGAGGUCGCCAACGACACAAUCUUUCCAUGGCGCCAUUCUUUCGUUUUGCUUCGUAUCUACAUUAACAGCGUUGUCAGAAGCAGUAGUGGAAUCCCAUUGGAGACGAUCGCCAUUCCAGUGUCACUGACGUCACUCAUACUAGUCAUCGCCUUCAUCGCCGUGGUCUGCGCACGCAGGUUCAAGAACCGAGUUGCGCAGACGGAGACUUACACAAUCCAGCGGAAAGUCUGCUACGAGGCCGACUCUGACUCUGAGAACGAGAGCGGAAUGAGCCACGGAGUCAAGGAUGAUGCGGGGAUCCCCGCGGCACGGGACAGCCCCAAUACAUCCCCGGUUAAACUGUUGCCACGGCAGGCCACGGUUCCGCUACUACCUCAAAGGGUUCGUCAGGAGGCAUUCAAGAGGCAACGGCAGCUUUCAUUACAACUCAACCUUGCCAAUGUCGAGUUCUCAGUCAAGAAUGUCCACCGAAAAGAACAGCCUAAACUCGGCGCCCUUAGACCCGAGCUGUAUCGGGACAGCUCCCAGGACCGCGGAAAGGACUCAGACAGAUGUGGUAAACUCUAUUUCUCACUUCAAUACGACCAUCCUACGGAGUCCCUUAACGUCCAUAUCGAUCGAGCAACCGGUCUACCCGCGAAAGACUUUUCCGGAACUUCCGAUCCUUACGUAAAAAUUCACUUAUUCCCGGCAGACCGGAAGAAAAAAUACCAAACUAAAGUCCACCGAAAGAACUGCGAUCCGGAUUUCGAUGAGAAAUUCACUUUCACCGUGCCAUACAACGAACUACAAGAGAAAACGCUGAAGUUCACAGUGUAUGAUUUCGAUCGUUUCUCGAGGCAUGAUCUCAUUGGAGAGGUCAUGAUAACGAACUUGUUGGGAAAUGACCGGGAUCUUGUUAAAGGGGAGCGCUUUGAGGAAGAUGUCGUCAAGUGCUCAACUCAGGAAAAAGCUGACCUAGGUGAAGUGAUGUUCUCCCUGUGCUAUCUACCGACCGCUUGUCGGUUGACUCUCACUGUCAUCAAAGCAAGGAAUCUGAAAGCAAUGGAUAUAACAGGGGCAUCAGAUCCGUACGUAAAGGUAUCGAUGGUCUGUCAGGGCAAGAGGGUCAAAAAGAAGAAAACCACAGUCAAGAAGAACACCCUCAAUCCAGUCUACAACGAAGCCAUGGUAUUCGACAUUGUGCCGGAGAGUAUGGACAACAUCUUGUUUGUGGUUGCAGUCGUAGAUUACGAUUGGGUUGGACACAGUGAGCUUAUAGGUGUGUGUGAGGUUGGUCCCAACUCCCUCGGUCAGGGUAAAGAUCACUGGGAGGAAAUGCUGGGUUCACCCAGGAAGCAGAUUGCCCACUGGUACCAGCUCCAAGAGUCCACGCCUUCCCUCAGUGCAGCCUCCAUUUCAUCCACGAUGAAGGGGUGUAUGACACCACAGCAGUCUGUAGAAUGACCGGUCCAAAUGUAAUGAGGGGACCAAGCAUAGAGCCUUGGGGAACCUCAUUGUCACUGAGACGCAGCUCCAUCCACAGCGAAAAUAGGACACCAAUGAAGAACAUUGUAAACCCUGUGUUUUCAUCUCCGAUAGCUUGAUUAGUAAAACAGGAUGGGGGAUGGUAGAGAGGAGGAAAAGGGCGGGGAGGAAAAAACCUGUGCUACAUAGUAAGACACCGAACGCUCUUCCAAAAGUCCGGACAUGUGUACGGAAUGAUCGGGCGAAAAUGCGACUUUUACACUCACACAAUGCACUAGCAGCAGAUUUUACUAUAGGCCUAAUGAUUAUUUUGAUGGUGCACGAGUUAUAAUUAUGUUGGUAUAAAGUUCGCAAAUAUUCAUUCUUGCCGUAGGCCAUACUAUACGCACAUGUGAAAUCAUAAAUCUUGAGCUCUUUAAAUAGUCACAGUUUAUGUAGAGAUUCUAACAAAAGACUGUAUUACUAUUACUUUGUUCUUUCAAAAGUCACAACUUUGUAUUCAUUGGCUUGUACGUCACUCAAGUACAGAUAGGCCUUUUUAGCCAGCACAGUGUCUUAAUAACGUUUAUAAUUAUCUGUUGAGUGUCUGCAAAACAAUUACAAAGUUUAUUCGUUUAGA